AUGCACUGGGGAUUCUUUUUAAAGAUGAUUCUCUACUUGAUAACUUUUUACCAUACACUGCCCUUCUUUGGAAGCGUUUCAAUGUCUCUGCUUCACAGCUAUCUCUCCUCGUCGGUUUCAUUUAACUUGGAUACUAUAUACUUAAAUUGGAAUUCCACUUUUCCGGCUAUAACUGUAUGCGAGAUAUACAACGCCGAAAGGAUUUGGGACCUAAGUGACUCACAUUUCGGCGUGGAGCACGAUAUGCAUGUGGAUGACUUCAUCUCGGAAAUAGUAUUUUAUCGAGGGGUUUGCAGCAGUUGUGAGGAUUGCAGCAAGAUGCGAUGUCCUGACAACUUCACCAUGCUGGUGGAUGUGUUUCGCACUAAAUGCCACCAGUUACUGGUGAAUUGCAGCUAUCUAAACGAUAUGUUUGACUGUUGCGACCAGUUUUUACCAUUGCCCACGGAGUAUGGAUUAUGUUACUCCUUCAAUUCACAUCAGGCGCGCAAGGUGUCCCAUGUCCAGUUCACCAAUAACCGGAUUACCGGACCAGGACAUCUAAAUUUCCAUGCCGCCGCCGAUAUCCAACUGUACGUUCAUGCUCCUAUUGAUGUGCCCUAUCAGUUUUCUGAGGGUAUGAUUCGAGAAACAGUAUUACUUGGUCACUACAAGGAGCUAAUCCUGAAUGUUAUCGAAGUUCACAACGACGAAAGUGUCCAGGAUCUUAGCUUGGAGCAGCGGCGAUGUCGAUAUGGCAAUGAGCAUGUGCCGGAAAGGCAGGGAAUCUAUGACUUUUACAGCUACUCCGGAUGCGUGGUGGAAUGCACCGUGCUUCUCCAGCUUGAUAAUUGCAACUGUACCAGUCAUUUUAUGGCCACUCCUGGCCAGAAUUAUAUGCCCGCCUGCGACUACCGUGGCCUAAUCUGUCUAACAAGGAUCCGGGAUAAAAUCAUGUCAGAGCGCAAGUCGUGUGAGUGCAUGAGUUCUUGCGAGGAGCCUGAGUACAAUAUUAUUUACAACUCGGCGGAUGAGGAUGAUGAAGCCACUGAUGAUGUAUCAGAAAUCCGAGUGGCUCUAGUGGAGCUGCCCACGCAACGCUACGUUCGUCGGGUAACCAAAACUAUCCUUGAUUUCUUAAUUUCUCUUGGAGGUCUGGUUGGCUUGUUCUUCAACACAUCCGCUUUGCGAAUAGUGGAGGCCAUUGUACUUUGUCUGCGAUAUAGAAAAACGAUGGUUAAGUGGGUUAAACGGAUAUUUCUUGGCACGGUUAGAUAUAUACAGAUCUUGGACCAGACGAAUUAA